AUGUCGAAGAAAUUUAGCUCUAAAAACUCCCAAAGGUACGUGGUGGUACACAGACCCCAUGAUGAUCCUUCAUUUUAUGAUACAGAUGCCUCUGCGCACGUUUUGGUUCCUGUCUCCAAUCCAAAUAAAACUUCUCCAGAAGCAGAUCUUCGAAAAAAAGACGUGAGUUCAACAAAACCAAAGGGUAGGAGGGCUCAUGUGGGAGAAGCAGCUUUAUAUGGUAUUAAUUUUGAUGAUUCUGAAUACGAUUAUACUCAACAUUUGAAGCCAAUAGGUCUCGACCCUGAAAACUCCAUCUUUAUAGCAUCCAAAGGCAAUGAACAGAAGGUCGAAAAAAAAAACAUUGAAGAUUUAUUCAUCGAACCUAAGUAUAGACGUGAUGAAAUUGAGAAGGAUGACGCGCUACCUGUGUUUCAAAGAGGGAUGGCAAAGCCAGAAUAUUUACUACACCAACAAGAUACCACCGAUGAAAUUAGAGGUUUCAAACCUGAUAUGAAUCCUGCAUUAAGAGAGGUGCUUGAAGCUUUAGAAGAUGAAGCAUAUGUUGUUAAUGAUGAUGUUGUGGUUGAAGACAUCAGCAAAAAGACACAACUUCAAGGCGAUAACUAUGGAGAAGAAGAAAAGGAAGAUGACAUUUUCGCACAAUUACUAGGGAGCGGUGAAGCAAAAGAUGAAGACGAAUUCGAGGAUGAGUUUGAUGAGUGGGAUAUUGAUAAUGUAGAAAAUUUUGAAGAUGAAAACUACGUUAAGGAAAUGGCGCAAUUUGAUAACAUCGAAAACCUGGAGGACUUGGAAAAUAUCGAUUAUCAAGCUGAUGUUCGAAGAUUUCAAAAAGAUAACUCUAUACUAGAAAAGCAUAACUCGGAUGAUGAAUUUUCUAAUGCAGGUUUAGACAGUGUAAAUCCCUCUGAAGAGGAAGAUGUGCUGGGCGAAUUGCCCUCUAUCCAAGACAAAAGCAAGACGGGGAAGAAGAAAAGAAAGAGCCGUCAAAAAAAGGGUGCCAUGUCAGAUGUAUCUGGAUUUUCCAUGAGUUCAAGUGCCAUUGCGCGUACAGAGACGAUGACAGUACUGGAUGAUCAGUACGAUCAAAUCAUCAAUGGUUACGAAAAUUAUGAGGAAGAACUAGAAGAGGACGAAGAACAAAAUUACCAACCAUUUGACAUGUCAGCAGAAAGAUCUGAUUUUGAGUCAAUGCUUGAUGACUUUUUGGACAAUUACGAACUGGAGAGUGGUGGCCGUAAACUGGCUAAGAAAGAUAAAGAAAUUGAAAGGCUGAAGGAAGCUGCUGAUGAAGUAAGCAAAGGUAAACUGUCUCAGAGAAGAAAUCGUGAAAGGCAAGAGAAAAAGAAACUUGAGAAGGUCACCAAUACACUAAGCAGCUUAAAAUUUUAG